AUGUGGCCUAUGUUCUCUCCUGCCUUCCCCGGGGCUGUGUCUGAGCGAGUCCAACUGAAGCGAAACGUUGCCUUCAGGUGCAGCGACGACAUCAGGGCCGGGGUGAGCAACCUGCUCGUCUACGUGAAGAGCAUGAAGGGCCUCGCGGGGAUUCGCGACGCCGUGUGGGAGCUGCUCACCAGCGAGGCCGUAAGCCAGCACUGGGAGGCAGUGUGCCGGCGCCUUUUGGACAAGCCCGCUUCCUUCUGGGAGGACCUGCUGCAGCAGCUGUUCCUGGACAGGCUAGAGACACUGACCAAAGAAGGGUUUGACUCCAUCUUGAGCAGCUCCAAACAGCUUCUCACCUUAGCCUUGCAGGAACUUGAAGUCAAACCUAGCGCCUCUGCCCUCAGCAAGCACAUCCAGUUUGAACACAACGUGGCCCUGUUCCUGUGGUCGGAGAGCUCUGGUGACCUGCCUUCCGACGCCGCGUGGGUCAACGUGGCAAACCGCGGCCACUUCUCCAAGAGCGGCCUCUCCCUGAAGGCCCAGGCGCUCACGCCGUGCGUGCAGAGCUUCUGCUCGGCGCUGGACUCGAAGCUGAAGGCCAGGUUGGACGAUCUCCUGUCCUACCUUCCCGCCGACUCCAGCCGGCGGCUGGGGGGGCAGGCGGACGCUCCCAGCGAUGCCAGGCUCAACGCCGUCCUCUUCAUGGCCAGACUCUGCCAGUCCCUGCCCGAGCUCUGCCCUCACCUGAAGCAGUGUAUCCUGGGCCACUCGGGCAGCCCGGAGACGGCGCUGAAGGAAACCCGCUCCACCAAGAAGCUGGGGAAGGGGAAAACCCAGGAGGUGACCCCCGUGCAGGCCAAGUGGCAGGGGGUGAAGGCAGAGCUCCUGCAGCAGAGCCUGUUUGCGUAUCAGAUCUGGAGCUCAGCUGUCACCAAAGGGCUGGUGCAGUGCUUUACCCACACGCUGCUGCUCGACACAGCUGGCUCGGUCUUGGCCACAGCCACCAACUGGGAUGAAAUUGAAAUUCAGGAGGAGACGGAGUCUGGAAACAGCGUAACAUCAACGAUCCGGCUGCCUGUGCAGCCUUCCUGGUACGUCCAGUGCCUCCUCUUCAGUCUGUGCCAAGAGGUGAACCGGGUCGGUGGCCAUACUCUUCCGAAAGUCACCUUGCAGGAGCUGCUGAGGCUCUGCAUGGCAGAAGUGCUUGCUGCCUACGAAAAGCUCAUGGAAGAGCAGCAGGAGAAGAAAGCUGGCGCCUUCCCCAUGACGCAGAACAGGGCUCUGCAGUUACUCUACGAUCUGCGGUACCUCAGCAUCAUCCUGACGGCGAAAAGCGAGGAAGCAAAACCCGGCAGGAUCAAGCAUGACUCCAGGAUUGAGAAGGUGACCGACUUCCUGGAGGGCCACAUAGAUCCGUUUGACUUGGAUGUUUUCACUCCCCACUUGAACAGCAACCUGAAUCGCCUGGUCCAGCGAACUUCCGUUCUCUUCGGCUUGCUGACCGGCACGGAGAACCAGUACACGAGCAGGAGCGGUGCUCCCAGCUCCCAGGAGCUCCACAACAUCUUGCCGUUAGCAUCCAGCCAGAUCAGAUUUGGACUUCUGCCGCUGAGCAUGUCAAGCUCCCGAAAGAGCAAGUCUGCUACCAGGAGCACAGAAGGAGUUCAGGUUCCAGCUCCUGCGCUCACGAGGGCGGAAGAUGAGGCCUCGCGCCCUGGCUCGUUGUUCCGGCAGCUGGUCACGGAAGAGGAAGACACCGCUGCACCUUCUCUCUUCAAGCUGGGCUGGCUUUCUGGCAUGACCAAGUGAUGGAAUUAAAAACUAAAGAGCUUGUC